AUGCCUCACCAACGCUACAACGCCGAGUGCGUCGACACCAAAGUGCUCACCGAGCACAUUCACUUCCGUAACGGACGCGUCGCCUUGAACCGGCUCAUGAAGUCCCCAAUGUCCGAGAAGAUCUACAAUUGGGAAGAUCCACACGAGACAAAGCGUGGUGUUCCGAACGCCGGUCUUGUCAACCUUUACGAGAAAUGGGGAUUCGGAGGAUUCGGUAUCAUCUUCACUGGAAACUUAGCGAUCGAUCCAAAGCAUCCAUACGAGGCUGGUCAAGGGAUCGUAUCGAAGGAGAACGAUAGUCCAGUGAUGAGAGAUUGGUAUGCAAAGAUGGCAAGAGCCAUGAAAGCGAAUCAUGCACUGGCGAUCGCUCAGCUUAAUCAUCCAGGAGCUUGGGCAUUCACCGAGUACACCGAUGGAAGUGGUAAGAAGCACAUCAUCAGCGACGGUCCAGAUGAUAUUCUAAAUGCCCCGAUGAGCGUGGUGAAAUCCGAACUCAUCGACCGUGUCGUCUACGCUGCGAAACUUCUCUCCAACUGUGGUUUCGAUGGUAUUGAGAUAGCCUCUGCGUUCGGUAACCUCUUCUGUCAAUUCCUUGGAAACAAUAACAAGAGAACCGACGAGUAUGGAGGUGCUGCUCUUGUGACGCGAACUAAAUUCCACAUCGACUUGUUGAACACAAUCCGUAGAGAGGUUCCAGCCGCUGGAGGUUUUCUGGUUGGACUCAAACUCAAUUCCGCCGACUUCCAAAACAACUUCACCAACGACGAGGUUUAUCGCCUCUGUGAAAUUCUCGAUGAGGCCGGAUAUGACUUUGUGGAGUUGACCGGAGGACAAAUGGAGCAGUGUGUGCAGGAAGCUCAACAAAGAGCAAGUACGAUUGCUCGUGAGAACUACUUCUUGCAGUUCAUUGAGACUGUUGCCAAAUCGCUUCGCAAAACCGUUGUCUAUAUCACCGGAGGAUGGCAGACAGCGUCCGGAAUGGUUAAUGCGGUGAAGCUUAACAUCACUCAAGGUGUCGGAUUUGCAAGAGCCGCUGCAAAUGAGCCGGAUCUCCCUCGAAAGCUGCUCAGCGGUGUCGCCCAUGCUACACUAGACAACAAAUUCUCUCCGGCUGAUUACUUCACCUCAAAACACGCUGCCCACUUUCAGAUUAAGACCAUGGCUGGACGCUCGAUAAAUGAUGUUGUUAGACCAACCGACGGACUUGCUGAUUUCACUGAUGAAAAGGAGGCUAAGAAUUUCGCCGAGAAGGCUGCGGACUACAUGAAAUUCGUGGUUGCCGAUGGGAAACCAGACACUUUUGCCGAAGUUAUCAAGUACACUCCUAUUCAUUCCUAG